AUGGGUGAAAACGUAGCAGAUUAUGCAUCACCUGGAGUUUACCUAGACCAAUCCAAUGAAGGUGCCACCCAGACGUGGCUGAAAGGACCAGAAUUUCUGUGGAAGCCAGAGCGAGAAUGGCCUAAGAGACCAGAUAUCUUUGGUGAUGUACCAAGUGAUGACAAGAAAGUGAAAACAGCACAAAUUUGGCUGUGUUUUUGUCAGAUUUCUGCAUCUCAGACUGUAGAAAAUAAGCUGGAAGAAGUGAUGAACAGAUACUCACAGUUGUACAAGCUACAAAAGACCAUAGCUUGGAUACAAUGUUUUAAGUCUUUACUGCGAAAUCGUGCUGAAGUUAGAACAGGACCUCUAACAGUGGACGAAAUCACUCAAGCGACAAAUGAAAUUGUUGAAAUAGUUCAGAGGAAGGUAUUUCCAAGAGACUUUGCUAAAGAGGUUUUCACUGUAGCUGUCACAACACUCAGUGUGCCACCCUAA